UUUCAACAAUUCCUUCCUUACGCCAAAAAUGAAACUAAUUAAACUAAAAACAUAAAAAGCGAAAGAAAUCUCAAAUAGUUAAUUUAAUAUAUCUUUUCCAAGAAUGUCCCUUCAUACAUAAAACACAUGCAACCGCACUCUCCUAUAAAUGCCCAUAACCUCAGCAACCAAGAUGUCACAAAAGAAGAAACUCUUUCUCUUCCCUUUUUCUUAGAGAGAAACAUGGGUGACUGCCCACAACAAUGUUGUCACCGUUUUAUAUUCUCCCCGUACAUCUCCUUCUUCUUUUUCUUCUUUCUCGUGCUCUUUCCGUCCACGCAAGUAAACGGAAAAAGCACGAGUUUGAAACAUUGGUCAGGUUCGAGUCAUGCUUCGAGUACGGGAGAGUGUGAUUUGUUCACGGGUACAUGGGUGUUGGACCCGUCGUACCCACUGUACAAAAAUGCCACGUGUCCAUUCAUACAGAAGGAGUUUAGCUGUGAGAGGAAUGGGCGGCCUGAUCGAAUUUACACACACUAUAGGUGGCAGCCACUUGCCUGCAACUUACAAAGAUUUAAUGGGCAAGAUUUUCUGGAGAGGAUGAAGGGGAAGAGCAUCAUGUUCGUGGGUGACUCACUGAGCUUAAAUCAAUGGCAGUCUUUGACUUGCUUGCUUCAUGCAGCAGUGCCUAAUUCCAAUUACACUAUUAACCGAGUUGGAUAUGUUUCUAUAUUUACAUUCACGGAAUAUAAUGUGAAAUUGAUGCUAGAUAGGAGUGUGUAUCUAGUUGAUGUUGUAAAAGAAGAUAGAGGGAGGGUGUUGAAGCUUGAUUCCAUAGAAGGAGGGAAGCUAUGGAAAGGGAUUGAUAUGCUUAUCUUUAACACUUGGCAUUGGUGGUACCGUAGAGGACCCACUCAACCAUGGGAUUAUAUUGAAGUAGGAGGUCAAGUGAUGAAAGACAUGGAUCGGAUGAAAGCAUUUCAAAAAGCACUUGAAACAUGGGCUGCAUGGGUGGACACUAAUGUAGACCCAACAAAAGUAAAGGUCUUCUUUCAAGGGAUUUCUCCAUCUCACUACAAUGGCACCCAAUGGAAUGAACCAACGGCAAAUAGUUGUGUCCACGAGACGACUCCGGUGGCCGGAUCAACAUAUCCGGGGGGAACACCAGAGGCCGUGGCGGUGUUGAAAGGUGUACUGGCCACAAUGACUAAGCCAGUAACACUUCUCGACAUCACCACCCUCUCACUUCUAAGAAAAGAUGGACACCCUUCUUUAUAUGGACUUUAUACACCAAAUGGCAUGGAUUGUAGUCACUGGUGUCUAGCUGGUGUUCCAGAUACUUGGAAUGAAAUUCUUUACAACCUUAUGAUUUGAUAGAGUAAAGGAAAAUAAUUCAUUGAUUAUUAAAUUAUAUUGGGAGGGAGGGGGUGGUUUUGAGGUUUUUUCUUAUAGAAAUUUUUAUAUAGAAAAUUGAGGGGUGGUAUAAACAAAUAAGCAUGCAUUUAUCAAUGUAAUAAACUGCCUUGGGCUUUAAACUGAAUAUUCAUAUUAUUCGGAAU